UAACCCCUAAGCACCCUCUGAACGUGAUCUUGUUUGCACCAAAGCCACGCCUCUUGUACAAACGCGAUUGGGACAGGCUGCUGUGAACGGGCUAGUCUGUGAACUCUGUCGACUCUCUUAGGCGGACCAUCUUCCGUUGCUCGUUCUGACGGUUCCUACAUGAAAAAGUCAUCUCGGAGAUUGGUAACAUAUCGGCUGUGGUAAACGAGUGCAACCUUUUCCACAGACAGCGUGCCGCGUGCCGCUGGCCACCACAACGUCGUGCGCCCAUUAAUCAGACCCAUCUUUUUCUCUGUUCAGCCGCCUGAUCACUGCGGCUCUGCUACGAAGCAUAAUCCAUACCAAGGGGACUCUUCUGCCCAUGGACGCCGAGGGCGAUGACAGGGCUGAUAUGUCCUUGCGGCGAGAGCGUGCCGUAAUCGCUGCCCAAGCAUGUCAAACUUGUCGAAGUCGGAAGUCCAAAUGUGAUGAGCAAAGACCCAAAUGCGGCCUCUGUAGACGGCUCAGUGUUGAGUGCGUAUACCGAGAGCCGCAGCCUACGAAAAAAGACAAGACCAUGGUCUACAUCCUGCAGACUUUGCAACGACUCGAAAACAAGUUUGAUACCCUAUAUGUAUCGAAACCCUCGACUCCUGGAAGCAAUCUUGAUUGGAGUGUGCCACAAUCUGGAUCACGUCCCCCAGGAGUUAACGCUACCCUGAGCGCCAAUGAAUCACAUGUAUCAUCUGAUAGUGAAGUACGACUAGGGGCUCGACUCGGGUCCCAGUCGUCGUUUCCUCCCGACGUUUUGCGCACUUAUCAACACCUGACCGUGGCACACAAAGUUCUAUUAUGGCCAUCGAUAUAUUUACACAUUCUGAACUCUGGAAUCGCCGUGGCCUCGGAUCUACAGUACGUGCUCCAGGAAGGAACACCUUGGUUCAUCCAUCUCGAACUACACAAGCAUCCAAAGACACUUCCUUGGGACACUGAUAUGCGAACAUAUCCGAUGCCUAGCAGCACGGGAGAAAUGAGGGCCGGAUUCAUAGGCUUGACACCCGAGAACGUGAGGAGAAUGAGCGAUGCAUACUUCAGUACCUUCAAUAUUCUGUUCCCGAUCCUGGACAGACAAAUUUUCCUCGAAGACAUUCUCGAGCCAGUUCUGAGAAAUGGAUUUGCCGAUUGUGAUCCUCAGGGCUGUCUCGUCCUGCUUGUCCUGGCCCUCGGUCAAACCGCCAUCGAUGGUGUAUAUGGAUCGCCAAUCAGCAUCAUAGAAGGUAAUCCUAGUGGUCUACGUGGAGGUACAGCUGAAAGACCACCUGGUCUGAAUCUUUUCAACGAGGCCAGGAGGCGCAUGGGAUUUAUCAUGCAUCAAUGCACACUCGAAAACGUGCAAAUUCAUCUUCUUGAGUCCGCAUAUUACGAAGCUUGCGCUCGUCAUAUGGAUUUCUGGCGAGCUACAGUCGCAGCGUCUACUUCUUGCCAAAUACUGAUCAAAUGUGAAUCCAUCGACUGGUCUACUCCCCGAGCAGAUCUCAUCAAGCGUGCCUACUGGGCGUGUAUGCUCAGCGAGGACAUGUAUCAUCUCGAACUGGAUCUUUCGCAGACGGGGAUCCAUACUUUGGAGGAUCAGGUCCCACUUCCGUACUUCCACGGCUCUGAAAGCAAUUACGGCAAUCCCUCAGACGAGAAGUCACAUUUCCAAUAUCAUUUCCUUGCGAUGAUAGCAUUGCGCAGGCUGGUCGCGCGGAUACACGAGUCAAUACACUGCUCAUCCAACGUGACGGCCGAAUUGUCCGAAGAUUACGGUGGACCACCGGUACACGUAAUCAAGGAAUUGGCCCGACAGCUGGAAUCGUGGCGCUCGUUGCUCCCUCGACCUCUGCAAUGGUCAGACAAUGACAAGACAGAAUUCCCGAACAUGGGAUCUGCGGGGAGACAGGGUACGGAUUCACUCUUUUCAAUGGACCAAGGAUCGGUUCCGAUCAACCACCGAGACAAUCUGGACAUCAUGACAGCGCAACUGAGGACGCAGUUCUACUAUGCACGGUUCAUGAUCUACAGGCCGUUCGUGUACAAGGCGCUGCAUUUCCCCGAACUCAUGACAGAAGAAGACCAGAUAUGCUGUGCUCUGGCAAUACAAUCGGCGUGCCUGUGGCCACUGAUACUCGCACCGCCGAAGAACAAGAAGCGCCUGGUACCACACCUAUUUACGUGGACGCAAAACUUUGUGGGAAUAUUGCUGAUAUUACGAAUGACAACGGAGAACGAGUGCUUGAAGAAGAUAUGUAACGAGAGGGUGAACCGCAAGGAUCUGGAACAGACGACGACGUUGAUGCUUGAGUGGAUUCAGGACAUAAAACAAGUAGACGGGAUUGCGGAGUGGAGUUGGAAAAUGCUAGGACCACUUUACUCGAGGCAUGGGUAAAGAGCAUGCUGGGUGUAAGCGGAGUAGCAAAGGAUAAACACAAAGUAUGUAAAAGUGGUGCCAAGGCAAAGGAGGGCGCCGGGCGGUCGAGGCCGAGCGGCGGCCGGGGCAAGUCAGUGCUUCUAAAUAAUUAUCAUCAGACGACUCGCAGACAAUUGUCGCGGUGCAGACACUAGAGCAGACGGCCGGAGAGUUAUAGACACGAGGAUGAAUUGAAGCAGCCAUGGAC